CAUUUUCUCUCUCUCUCUCUCUCGCUGCCAAUUCUAGGGCUUGUUUCAACUCUCUCUCUGCUCUCAUUCACAAAUCCGAAGAAGAAGAAGACAAUUCCCAUGGCGCCGCCUCCAGGACCCUAUUCAGGAACCAGCACUCUCGCUUUGGUGGCGCGUGCUUCGGCCUUUUCAUUUGGAGUCGUUUACGGAAGCAUUAAGCUUAAGUACCUCAAGGCAAAGGCUAAGUCUCAUAAGAAAGCAGAAGCGAAAGCAGCAAAGGCUCAUCACUGAAGGGAAUGGGCUCCCUUUAACAUUGGAAUUUAGGCAUGCGUUCUGUUUGGUAUAGAAAAUAAUGCAAAAUGAUGAAUUGUACCAUUUUUUCAUCAAUGCUUCAAAGCAUUUUGGAUUAUGAUGAACAGCUUAUAGCUGCUGAAGUUUUUUUACGAGAAUUGUUAACUUGUUCCUCUGAGAAAUCUUUAAUUAGUUGUUCUUUUGCAAUCUGUAAUGGCAUUUCAGUUUCUAUUGCCAUGUGAACCAUGGGGAAAAAUGUUAGAUGAUGGUAUCUUCCCUUCACGCAAAUAAUAAUUAUUUUUUACUCUGAAACCAUAUUGCAUGGUUUCUGCAGUGUUUAAUCCA